AUGUUUUCAGGUGUAACAGGUAUCAUCAACAGAGGCCAAAAGCUGAAGGGAACAGUGGUUUUGAUGCAAAAGAAUGUGUUGGAUAUUAAUGCUCUAACUGCAAUUAAGAGUCCUACUGGUAUAGUGAGUGGUGCAUUUGGUGCUAUUGGUGGUGCCAUUGGGACUGUUGUUGAUACUGCUACUUCAUUCGUUGGACGUUCUGUGGCUCUUAAGUUGAUUAGUGCUACAAGUGCUGAUGGAAAUGGAAAAGGAAAAGUGGGAAAGCAGACAUUUUUGGAGGGUCUUCUUACCUCCAUACUAACAUUGGGAGCAGGACAAUCUGCCUACACUGUUCAUUUUGAAUGGCAUAGUGAUAUGGGAAUUCCAGGAGCAUUUUACAUUGAGAAUUUCAUGCAACAUGAAUUCUUUCUUGUGAGUUUGACUCUUGAAGAUAUUCCCAACCAUGGAAGCAUCCACUUUGUUUGCAACUCAUGGAUUUACAAUGAUAAGAAAUAUAAAAGUGACCGCAUCUUUUUUGCUAACAAGACAUAUCUUCCAAAUGAAACACCGGCUCCAUUAGUCUACUAUCGACAAGAAGAGUUGAAGACUUUAAGAGGAGAUGGAACCGGAGAGCGCAAGGAAUGGGACAGGAUCUAUGAUUAUGAUGUCUACAACGAUUUGGGCGAGCCUGACAAAAAUGCUAAAUUGGCUCGUCCAGUUCUUGGAGGAUCCACCUUGCCUUACCCUCGAAGAGGAAGAACAGGCAGAAAACCAGCUAAGAAAGAUCCUAAUAGUGAGAGUCGGAGCGAUUUUGUUUACCUUCCAAGAGAUGAAUCAUUUGGUCACUUGAAGUCGUCAGACUUUCUUGCUUUCAUACUCAAAUCAGCAUCUCAAAAUCUCAUUCCUAAGUUAAGAUCUGUAGUUACAUUACAACUAAAGCAACCCGAGUUUAACACCUUCGAAGAUGUGCGCUCGCUUUACGAAGGUGGAAUUAAGCUACCUACCGACUUCCUUAGUGACAUAAGCCCGAUACCACUGUUCAAAGAAAUUUUUCGAUCUGAUGGUGCAGCGGCCCUUAAGUUUUCAACACCUAAAGUGGUUCAAGUUGAUCAUUCUGCGUGGAUGACUGAUGAGGAAUUCGCAAGGGAGAUGAUUGCUGGUGUGAAUCCACACAUCAUCAAAAAACUUGCGGAAUUCCCAGCAAAGAGCAAGCUAGAUACACAACUAUAUGGUGAUAAUACCAGCACCGUGACCAAAGGACAUUUGGAGCCAAACAUGGGUGGGGUCACUGUAGAACAGGCUAUCCAAAACCAUAGGCUGUACAUCCUUGAUCACCAUGACACAGUAUUUCCAUAUUUGAGGAAAAUAAACGCAACCGACACAAAGGCCUAUGCUACUAGGACCUUCCUUUUCUUGCAAAAUGAUGGAACUUUAAAGCCACUGGCUAUUGAGCUAAGUAAACCACGUCCUCAAGAUGAUAGCUUUGGCCCUAUUAGUGAAGUUUACUUGCCUGCAAGUGAAGGUGUUGAAGGUUCUAUUUGGCUACUUGCUAAAGCUUAUGUAGUUGUCAAUGACUCUUGCUAUCAUCAACUUGUUAGCCAUUGGUUGAACACUCACGCUGUUGUUGAGCCGUUCAUCAUAGCAACAAACAGACACCUUAGUGUGGUUCACCCUGUUCACAAACUUUUACUUCCACACUACCGUGACACAAUGAACAUAAAUUCACUUGCGAGAAAUGUCCUGGUCAAUGCUGAGGGUAUUAUAGAAACAGCAUUCUUGUGGGGAGGAUAUUCUUUGGAAUUGUCUGCUGUUGUGUAUAGGGAUUGGGUUUUCACUGAUCAAGGACUACCUAAUGACCUCCUCAAAAGGGGAGUGGCUGUUGAGGACCCUGCUUCACCACAUGGCAUCCGCCUUUUGAUAGAGGACUAUCCUUAUGCUUCUGAUGGACUAGAGAUAUGGGCUGCUAUCAAGUCGUGGAUUGAAGACUAUGUGAAUUUCUACUACAAAUCAGAUGCUGCAAUUGCACAAGAUGCCGAGCUCCAAGCAUUCUGGAAAGAACUCGUUGAGGUGGGUCACGGUGACUUGAAGAAUGCAACAUGGUGGUUUAAAAUGCAAACUCGUAAGGAGUUGAUUGAAGCCUCCACCAUCCUCAUCUGGAUUGCUUCAGCCCUUCAUGCAGCUGUUAACUUCGGACAAUACCCAUAUGGAGGAUACAUCCUUAACCGACCAACUAAGAGCAGGAGAUUCAUGCCCGAGAAAGGAUCCCCUGAAUAUGAAGAGCUUGCUAAGGACUACCAGAAGGGGUAUCUACGGACAAUCACACCAAAGAAUGAUACCCUUACAGACCUAACCAUUAUAGAGGUACUAUCAAGGCAUGCUUCUGAUGAACAAUACCUCGGUCAGAGAAUCGAAGGUGAUCUCUGGACUACGGAUUCGGCGCCAGUAGAGGCCUUCAAGAAGUUUGGAAAGAAGUUGGCUGAAAUCGAGGAAAAGCUCGUUCAAAGGAACAAUGACGAGUCACUGAGAAACCGAUACGGACCUGUGAAGAUGCCGUACACUCUGCUUUAUCCUUCUAGUGAAGAAGGAUUGACUUUCCGAGGCAUUCCCAACAGUGUCUCCAUCUAA